UCUACGCACACAGUCACGUUGGAAACAUCCUGACAAAAAAAAAAAACACGUUUUGAAUAUUUUGCAUGUUCACGAUGCUGGAGUGGUUCGGCUUUGGAUUCAACCAGUUCGGACAGAUUACUCCUAUUGUUAGUGGAAAAGAAAAAAUUCUGCUUCCACAAAAAAUACAGACGUGCAACGAGUUCACUGAAGAAGUUACUGAAAACAAAAUGAAGCUCACCAAGUCACACGCCGAGCAGGCCGAAGCAGAAGAAACCCGAGCGAGAGACUGUGGUGGGCAGCCCGAAGCAACAGAAUCCAGAGCGACAGAAAGCAAUUGGCGGGCACGAGUGAGCGAAAACCGUGGAUUGGAAAGGAGCAACCUGUAUUGUGAAGCGGAUAAUACGAUUCGGGUCAGCUGGAGUCGAAGAGCUACUUUGCAUAGGGCGAAACAUUCAACGUGCUCUAAAUCUCAUGGUGACAAAGGAGGCAUCUGUUUGUAUGGUUUUUGUUCCAGUUCAUGUGGCCAGUCUAUUUGUUUAUGUACUCCAAAACUACAUGACUGUCUUGAUGCCAUGAUUAGUGAAAAUUAUUUGGUUGUGAAGUUUAAAGACAAAAUAGAAUCAUGGAAUAUUGAAGAAGAAGAGAACAAUCCUAUAUGGAGUAUGGACAUAACCCCAUCUUUUAUGGGAGACCUUCCUCUAGCUCCAGGAGGAUAUGUGGUUGCAAAGCCCCCUUUCUAUAAAAGCAUAAAUAUGCCGAUCAGCGCUAAAAAACUCACACUUGGGGAAGAGCAUGUAGUCUUACUGAGCACUGAUGGAACAGUUUACACCUGGGGACUGGGAAGUCAUGGACAACUAGGACAUGGCACUCUGGAGAGCCAAUUGGAUCCUUUAGCUGUUGAGGCUCUGCAUGGCCUGAAAAUGGCAGAUGUAUCUGCAGGAAGUUGGCAUUCUGUAUGUAUAAGUGAUGGAGGAGAUAUAUACAUCUGGGGAUGGAAUGAGUCUGGUCAGUUAGGACUUCCUUCCAGAUGCCUGCAGAUACGUGAUAAUCAGAGAGACUCAGAAGGAGAGGCUGACAUGACAGAUAUUGAGAGGACAGAGGGAAAUAUGCAUGAAGAAGAUAGUUUAGCAAUAUUCAUUUCCAUUCAGGCUUUUCCUGCGCUCUUGGAUGUGCCUGGGGGCAUUGAAUUUAUUAAGAUGAGCUGCGGAUCCAGGCACACAGCUGCUGUCACCUGUGACGGUGACCUGUACACAUGGGGCUGGGGUAAAUAUGGCCAGCUGGGACAUGACAGCAUUCAAAGUGUCGACCAACCAAAGCGUGUGGAGUAUUUUGCUAAACAACAGUUUUACGUUCAACACGUUGUAUGUGGUGCUUGGAAUACAUUUGCACAGGUCUCAAAGAGAGAUCCCCCUAAGAAAUAAACUUUUUACUUUAAAUACCAGGAAUGAAAAGCAGCGCCUGGAAAUCUUUUUCCCAGCAAACUAUUGACAUCAGCAAGAUGUGAUUAUCUGCUGACUAGAGUUCAAUCUCUAUUACACCUUGUCACAAACUAUAAAAACAGUUUCAGUCCUGUUGAUAGCAAACACUGUGCAACUUUAUUUAACACAUAAAAUACAGCUGACUUUUGUUAUUACCAAAGUGUUACCUACUAUAGAUUUGGUUGAUGCUAAACAUGAAGUCCGACGGAUGAUGUACGAGUUAGGCAAGGGUAUGAACUCCAAAAAAUCAUGUAUAGCAGUAUGUUGUACUUAAUGUCCUUAAAGAUACUAGGUCAGCAAUUGGCCAGGCAUGAACUCCACAUAUUCUUAAAGGCCCUCUUGUCCUUUGAGGUCUGCUAUCUGUGCACACUAGAAUUUAUCAUGACUUCCUUUAUUGUCAAGUGGUCUCACUUGGUUUAAUACCCUUAAUUUACAUACUUUGAAUUAGGAAAGUUUUGUAUUUUUUGCUUACACUUCAAGUAGGUUGUGUGUUUGCACUGCUGUUUCGCAGCUUCAGAGUCCCAAGUUCAAUUUCUGGCUUAAUUACUGCCUGCAUGGUGCUUCACAGCUUCUCUCACUGUGCCCUCCUUUCCUCUAACAUUUCAUGUGCAGGUUUGAUUGAUUGAUGACUCCAUAUUUACCCUGUUUGAGUAUGCGAGUGCCGAUGCCCCAAUCAGUUAAUUCUUGCCUUGUUAGCCCAAAGCUGCAGGAACAGACCUGUAGGUACAGACUUGAGCCCCCAUUCCUGAAUUACUAGAACAACCUGCCAUGGAAAAUGAAUUAAUUAUAUUUACAUAAGUAUGUGUGGACAUGUUCUUUUUUUGUGCUCUAAGCUUGUCUUUAGAAAUGAUCAUUAUGUACAAAUAGACUGAACUGUUGGGGAAAAAAAGAAAUUACUCUUCAAUUACUGGAGUUCUUUAAUAAAUAUAGAGGAAAACAUUUCUUAUUUUUAAUCCGUAAUAGAAAAACAUGACUUUCGUAGUAUUAGUUCUCAUUCAAGUGAUCAGCUUUUAUUGAAUACAAUAUCAUCACAAACUGCAAUUAAGACAUUAAAAAGAAAUUGCACAGUGCAAAGGUACAUAAUGUCCAAUUUUUUUUUAAAUUCAGUACAGUAAAACAAAGACAAAAAGAAAUGGAAAUCAAAAUGUUUACUGAGGAACCAAGGAAAGGUAAUUAAUGUAUAACCAGCAAAUGAAUCACACGCUAAAGAUGAAAAUGGGACUUGACAGCAGCAGCAGAGUAGAAGAACAUCAUUAGUAAACUGUGCUUUUCACACCAUGUAUUCAGACAUUUUUGUUGUAUUGCAAGUCUCACUGAAUAUAAAUUCAAGAUACAAUU